GAUUUUCAGUACACUAGUCAUGCACGUGUCUAUGAAACGCCACGUUGCCAAUCGUACAAGAAAUGGAUUCUGUGUUAACGAAGAAAUAAUUCAGUCUUUUAAUUGCUGUCUUCAGAUCUCCCCCCUUUCCAGCCCCCCAUGACCAAAAAAGGGGCACGACCUGUCUGCUCCACAGUCAGCUCCACAGGCCUGUCAGUACUCUCUUGUUAACCAUUGUAAUGAUGUAGGGCAGUCAGGAAAAAAAUUGUUGUAAACAUAAAUGGCUAAGAAAGCGAUCUAAAAUACCGUAAAAAGUGUUCAGAAUUACAAUCGAUUUUUCUAACAUUUACCGCAAGUAGGGUUCGCGACCUGCUAGUACGUGAUCGCUUAUUCUUGGAUAACUUUAUGUCUUUUUAUUCUUUAGCUACUGAAAUAAAUUUCGAUUUUCGAAUAUGUUCUUUAAAAUGUAGGCUGCAACUGCUUCCAGGACCAACUCGGAAUUCAACAAAAAUUAUUUUCUUCCUACAUUUAGUGCUGUCUCGUAUAAGGUGUCUGCCGCCAUUGGUUGCUUGGUCAGGUGCCCGGAUGUUUCAUGUCUCUUGUUUUCAAGGAAUUUUAUGGCGACUAGUCUAAUAUGAGCUAUAGCAAACCACAUAAUUUGGAGUCUAUGGCGGCGUGAGGACUUCGGUUGUGAUUACUUCUGCUACGAUGGUUUGCAAGGAAGAGUUAUGCUGUUGGUUUAAAAACCUGAAUCCGCGGAAGAGAAUCGACUACUUGAGUGGAUUGUUACAUAUGUGUAUGCCGCUGGAACUGCGUUUUGUUGGUACGGUUUUGGAAAAUUUGGGAAAGAAGGAUUACCAUUAUCUCAGAGAAUGGGAAAUAAAAGCAAAUAAUCCAGCAGAAGUCUCCAAAUACAAGGAUCUACCAGCCGAAUACCUCCGAGCCAAACUAAUGAUUAGUCUAACUCUACUGCACUCCUCCAACACGGCAUGUGCUCAAGUGAUUUUUGAUGCAAUCGAGAGCAACAGCGAAGCUUUCGGUCCUAGCGAUGAUAACAAAACGACAGAGGAUGUUUUGAUGAUUUUGACGCUUGCUAUCAACCACCCAGCUUUUUUAUUCGAGCAGCAUCAAAGACUGAAUGCUCUCCUCGCUCACCUAGACACCAGAAAAAGAGAACCGUUCAGAGACAACCAUAGUGAUGAGGAAGCAUCACUGGACUUAUGCCAGGAGGCAGCCUAUCCAAGUGAAGAACACUUUCCCAUCCCAACAGGCCUCUGCAUCCGUCAUUCACCAGCUGCCCCCCAACCACGAAAAGUCUGCAUUAGUAAUAUUGAUGUCAAAAGCACCAGGAAGUCCGCUGAAAAAAAAGGGGGCCCAGAAUAUGUCAUCCAAGCAACUUGGUCUAAUGGUGACGUGACUGAAGUGUACAAAAAAUACAGAGAAAUCAGCGAGUUGCAUCAGAAGCUAAAUCACCAGUUUCCAGAAGAAACGUCCAAGAAACAUAAUGGAAAAAUACCUCCCUUUCCUCCUGGCAUUCAGCAGUGUUCUAGCCAAGAAGAGUAUUUCUCAGAACAGAUACGAUCUCUUAAUGGGUAUUUUAAGUCUCUCUUGGGAGUUCCUGCUCAGAUUCUGGAAUGCGAUCACAUAGUAUCAUUCUUCAGGGGUAUAGUCAUUAAUCCUCGCCUUCCAUCACUGUCCAUCAGCAUGCCAUGCCAGCCUCUACCUGAUGCUAGAAUUCCCAGGUGGCCUCUCCAACAACAUCUGUAUGCUUUCAGAUCAGGUCCAUUUCCAUUUAUGCCAAGUCAAUCAUGCCCCUAUCAGUCCCCUGCUCAUAGCCAUUCUCUACAGCAACCAUCACCAACAUCAUCGCCACGCUCUCCGACCUCAUCUGUUACAAGCUCACCUAAUAACAGCCAGCCAGCAUCACCAUCUCCUCAAGGAAUGAACCCAGACACUUUAACUUCAGUGACACAGCUUUUAAAACUCCUCAGUCUGGAAAAGUUUGAUGAUACAUUGAGAGGUUAUUCAGUGGAGCAGCUCUCCUGUAUGACCAGUGAAGAGCUGGGCAAUUUGGGAUUGCCUCGAGAGGCUCAAGAAACUCUACGCUCCAAACUUGAUGUAAUCAACAGUGACAAACCAGGGCCCAUCAAUGGCUUGAUAGACAACAUGUAUCCUUCUGCCAUCAGUGCCUCGUCGGCUGCUGCCAGUUUGCCCUGGCACUCAGCUGCCUCGGGUGUUGGCUACCUGCACCACCACCAGGGUCUACCAUCUGCAUCUCGAGCCAUCUUUAGUGCUCCUGACAGCUCCUUGGGCCUGGCAUAUGUCCCCAGUCCUCCGGCUAGUCCUGUUCAAGCAUUCACAAGUUUGCAGGGUAAACUGCAGGCAGGUGACAGUUCCGAGGGCUCAGAGGACAUAGACAGAGAAAAAAGUGACAGUGUGCCCGACAGAGGUGUGCUCCAGCACAGUAAACCUGCUCAGAUUAUGGUUCCAGCUGGCAGUGGGGGAGGUGGUGCUGGCAGUCCUCGUCCCAUCUCUGCCUCUUCUAACCUUCAGAUGACGCCCCUUGAUGACUCCAACAAAAUCACGUUAGUCCCAGCCCCUCUCCCACUUCUACCCCUGAUCCCCCAUCCCACACACCUCUCAACUCCAAAUCCAGCUCCAGGGCUUUUAGGACAGUAUGUUGAUCCGAAGACUGAUAUAAAUCUCAUAGGGAUGGCUGCAAAUGCACAUGGUAAUACUAGCAACAACAACAACAAUGGCUACUCGUCUGAUUCAGGGCCCAUCACAUCAACAGGAGCUCCUCAGCGGCAGUCGCUGUUGCAUGCAAGCAUAGGAGUGCGGGGACAUUACAAAGCUGGCCAGCCCCAGCCUGCACACACCAAUGUGACUGGCAUGUUGCAAGGCAAGAACCUGAUGAGCAUGCCUGCAGACACCCAUACGGCCAAGCCCAACAGUCCCGUCAUACAGCACAUUGUACAGCCAUACAUGGGCUUGAGACCACCAGAAAUUCCACCUCACCUUGCUCAAGGUCUGUCAUCUGGUGCUGCACCAUCAGCAGAACUUGGUGCUCCUCGUGUAUCCUUGUAUAUACCUUAUGGGAGGGGCCAGGGAGGGCACAUGACUAGCACAAUUCCUGGUCAUCAGGGAGUGUUGCCUCACCCCUCUUUAGUCACCCGUGCUGGACAGACAACACUCGUCGCUUCUGUAGCUUCAAUGACUGUCUCAGCAUCUCAUCCAGUGACUGCUGUCACCGCUAGCCAUGGUUCUGUGCUCACUGUCACUACCACUGCUAGUCACCGUUCACCCAGUCACAGCAGUGGUAACAGUGGGCAGCGGGAGUCCAGCACAGAAGCUGGUGCUAUCAGUAACAGUAUAGGGAGCAAUGACACCUCACUUCGUUCCUCCCCCUCCAGUGGUACAGGCGUGGGCUCUGCUUCAAGCCCACCUUCUUUUCAACAAGUAGGGUGCUCUUUGUGUGAACAGCGUUACAUGGGUCAGGUGCCAGCAUAUCCUUAUCAGUACUUGUUCCAGCAGGCUCCAAAUGGCAUUAUCCCACCACAUGGUAUAUCGAGCUAUUCAUUUGCACAAAGCCAGCAUCUUGGCUCAGGAAUUUAUGCUAAUGGUUUCACCCCUGAGGUAUACAAUUACAAUGCCCUGGGCUACAGUUCCAUACCUACAAGCCACUUUCACCCUGUGUUCUAUGGAAGUAAUAUGUUUCCUGGAAUGCAGCCCCAGCAGAACUUGACUACACCCGCUGCUGGUGGCAGCACUGGAGUCGUGCCUCAGACGCUGACACCUGUAGGGGUGACCACGGUGCCGCUUGCACAAGCACAGGCUAGCGGUCUCUCUGGUAAACAUCGUUCGGUUGGCUGUUACAACUGUGGCUCCUUGCAACAUGGCGCUGCUGCCUGUCAGGAAAACUCCAUGGAGAAUAUGUCAGGUCAUUACCAUCUGAACUACAAGGUACCCCCACCCCGUUCGGACUCUGACUGAUGCUGGCUCUAAGGUCUGCCUACAGACCAGACCUGGUGUCAUGACCCGUCCCUUAGUGGCCCUAUGGGUCACCGCCAGCAAAGCUGACAGCAUAGACUCGUUACCUUUAUGAAAUCGGAAGUGAUACCUAGAUUUGUUAUUUUGGUGUUUGCAAUGGUGUGACAGUUUAACUGUGAUUAUCCUAAUCCCCUCAUGACCCCAUUGUUUACUUUUAAUGAUAUUCGCUCUUUCUUUUUUCCAAAAUCUUUCUUAUGUUCUUGUGCAUGCAUGGUUUUGAACUGGGUUGCUUUUAAAUGUGUGUAUGUAUCAACUGUAAAUAUGUUCUGCGAGUACAGUUUUACUGACAAGUGCUUGUAAUAAAACUUCUUAUUUAAUCUUUAAAUAUAUUGUUUGUAAUAAAAUUUUUGAAAUAACAAAAAAUGAAAACAAAACUUUUUUGGAAGAAGGGGUGUUUGAACUCUUGACAACCUAAACAUGGAAAGAUAGGUUCUGCCUUUUGCCAGUCACUUCAGUUAUGAUGAUGUCUAUUGGGAACUAUUAGAGGUAAGGGAGUGGCAGGGUUAAUAAGCAUGCAAGAAGCUAAGAAUUGCUUUUCUAUGGAUGAUAUUUAUGAAUAAAUUUUUCACACUAUGUAUAAUCAUUUGCUCUUACAACUUAAGUGUAAAGUGAACUAACCUGAUGCGAAGAUCCCUAAUGUGUACAUUUAGCUGCAGUAUACAUGGGAACAGUAUUUGCAUAUAAUGCUAAAAUAUGAAAUGUAUUUGUUGCACCCCUUGUUUCUGCAUUCAGAUCUAGGAAAAAUUAUUAAGUGUUAAAGACGGGCUGGUUGUACUACACCACCUGCAGAUUCUCUCUGCAUUUUCUUGCUCAAAUUACCUGCAAUGUCAUGUGACUGCUGUUGGCUGUCUUGCAUAAGAGGGGAACUGGAUGUUUGCAUUUUCUUAUUGAUCAUGUGCCCUGAAGAUGCUACAGCCACCAACUAUAAAGGCAAAGUUGUUUAUUCUUUUACAAAAUUGUAUAUUGUGGGUUUCUUUCUGUAUGAGAUUUUUUCCCCUUUGAAAUUUCAGCUGCUAGGUGCUUCCAAAGUGUUCAUAUGUUCAUGAAGGGUGAUAGUUUGUGAGUGCCAUAGAAAAAGAAUUGGGCAAGAGUUGGAAAUGUCAAAGUAAAUAUGUAUGCUUGUCUGGAGAGGCAGAAUUGCUUGGCUUGUAUAUAUGGAUGUAUGUUUUAGUGUUUGCUGAGUAGUGAUCCUUAAUACUCCAAACAAACUAAAGCCAUAAUGGCUGCAGAUUUUAUCAAAUUUAAGUUUUAAAACAGGAACAAAACUAUGAAGAAAUGGCUGCUAGGAAGAUGAAUAUCAAAAGUGUUUUGUGGUUACCAAAAGAAAAAGGGCUUAAUUUUUAAAACUGUCUUAGAGAGCUUGGCAAAGUGUCUUUUCCAAACCUGUCAAAAAUUCAUUCCAAAGUUUAGCUUUUGCCAUCCAUCCACUGUAACAGAUGUGUUUCUUAAAACCCAUAUUAAUAAUCUCCUUAUGUUUAUGUUUUCACUGUGCUGUUACUUAUGUUUCAAGUCAUUGAUCUGGUCAACAUCUGUAGUGUUACAGAUGCCACUAUGCAUAUUUCAUUUGUAGUUCAUACUGAAGCACCCAUGCAUAUUUUGAUGUUGGGACCGAGGUAUCUCCCCAAAAUGUGAACAAGCUCGUGCCUAUUAGCUUUGGUUAUGAAAAGUUAGUUUUAUAUCUUUUUCUAAAAUAUGAUUUAUACAAAAACAGCAAUCAAUUCACCCACCUAAAAUAUCAUUAGGUACCCAUCAACAUGAAGAAUUUUUGAACAGUAGAUUGCCCUUUAAAAAAAAAGUAAACUCUUUAUCUCUUCAUCCCAGGAAUUUGCAUUACUAAGUUAAUCGUUGAAAGAUUAAAUAUGAGAAUAUUUAUUUUUGUGGUCACAUUUUAAACAAAAAUGUAUAUCUGAAGGUGUAGAAUGAGUUGGUCUUAUGGUUAUGCAGGCUGUACCUCUCCUAUGCAACAGUUUGAUUGGAUACCUUGCUUCAUGAUCUAUGCUAAAUAUGUGUAGUCUAACAAAUAAAUUCUUGCGAGCACCUCCUUAUAUCUAGUCAGUGCAACAGCAGAAUAAAGCAAUUGGACCAUAACAGCAGUGAAAGAAACAAACUGCUACCUCGUGGCAUACUCAUUUGAAUUGUUUACAGACUUCCUGAAGCUUGUGUGCAAUAGAUUAAGGCAAAGUGCACCAUUAGUUUGUAGAAACUGAGUACUUGAAAAUAUUACCAGCACUUGCUUUACUUGCCUAAAUUCGACAAAAUAGAUAACUGAAAUUUUGAAGGGAUAUAGAAAAUGAUGAUUUAAUACAUUUAUUUAUUUCUAUGUAUAAAAUGCAUUUUUUAAUUGCAGACAUGACCUAAAUGCUACAAAGAUAGUGUAUGGCAUUAAAGUAGAGAAGAUUAAAAUCUUUCUUUUAAUUUUACUUUAGGAACAUACUUCACUGUUAUCAGCUAUCAUGUCCCACAACUAUUUUGAAGGACUGUUGAGAAAAUAUCCUUUAAGCUGCAUUGUGUGAAUAUUUGUAGAAAAUAUAUGUGAUUCUUUUUUCGUUAUUUUUACUGCCAUUGACAGUGUCUGAAAAAGAUAAAGCUUGUUGCCAUUAUGCUUGAACUUGUGUACCACUUGCUCAGCUUCAAGCAAGUCAGUGUUACAAUGUAUAACCUUCAAAGUAUUUAUGGAAGCCUUUUUUCAUGGGAUUAAUGGCAUUCAGAUUAACCCACUUUCUUCAGUUCAAAGAGUGAGAGUACCAUUUGGAAAUAUUUCUUCAGUGUGAUGGCUUUGUUUCCUCCCUUCUCUCUGCACCUUCCAGAACACUUCCUUCUACCAGAAUGCUGUGCAUAUGGAACAGGAAGAACAAUUGAGUCUUCUCCAAGUGCUUUCUUAUCAAAUGUGAUCUCAUAUUUCUGUGACCCAUGCAGCAUGCAUGGAUCUAUUCAUUGUGUUGUAAGUGUUUGUGUAGCCAAAAGCACUGCCUUCUUUUAAAACCACAUGGCCUACUUUCUUGAUGGCUUGUGAAAUAGAGUGAAAAAAUGGUGGGAGUAUUUCUCCUGCUAGAGGAGUUAAAAGAACAUAGCACUCUGUCCCACAUACUUACCUGUUUGAAAUGAAUGCCAAAAGGUGAUGAUACUAUGUUCCCUUGUUUGUAAAAGGUGUCGAAGCUGAACAUAGACUUGUAUAAAUAGCUGUUGCUUGACAUAAUGUUUGUGUAGUGAAUUUGGCAUUGAUUAGAGUUUUGAAACUUGCACUCUGAAAAAUGCAAUAAAUAGGCAUAGAUGGCGAAGCCUAAUGUUAGGGUAUGUGACAAGCAACAGUCUUUUUUUUUUUUUUUUUUUAAAUGUUAAUGCUCUCUGUAAAAAAAAAAAAAAAUGUGUACAUGUGAGAAGAUGAGCAGAUGUAAAUACUAAUGAAAGUAAGAUUGUAAAUAUGCCAGUUUAUUUUUGCAAAAAUUAAAAUUGAUUAAAUAAGAUGUUUAUUUAUGCUAGAAGGUGGGUUUUAAUUCCCUUUUGAUUUGAAUCACUUCUCAAUUGGUGGGAAAUAUGUUUUUUGAAAAUAAUUUUAUAUUCAAAUAGGAAAUCAUAUUCAAAAUAGGAAAGAGGACAGUUUUUGAUGAAAAUAGAAAACCAAGCAAAUUGUGCUACUCUCUUUGCAUCAAACAGAUAUUUCAGCAUCAGUAGUAAGAUGGGUUUAAGAGCACUUGGAAAUCCAGGUGUUCUCACAGGCCCUUUUGUCUCACUAUACUGUAUUAACAUUUAUUUAAAUAGCUUCAGCUACAGUGGUCUGGGUAUGAAGAUUAGAUAGUGGCUUCAGGGAUACACUUCAAACAAAUAAUUAAAAGAAGCCGGUUUUUAUACUGCUACUUUUCACUUGUGUCUCCCUAGUUUGUGAGUCAAGUCAUUUUAUAAAUAAGGAUCCCAAAACAUUGAUAAAUGACUUUUUUCUUUGCAAAUGCAGGAUUACAAGGAUUGUUAUUUCAUUAAUAGUAUGGAUACACCAUGAUGUGGUGUCCAUGACCAGACACAUCUAGUAUUCUCCAUCGUUUGUGUGGUUUUUUUUUUUUGUUUUUUUUAAGUGAGCAAUCAUACUCCAGACAAAAAAAUGUUCAGACUUGAACAUAGUUCUGGUUUUAUAUAUAUAGAUUUUAGAUAUGCUUUUAUUAGGUAACUACAAUAUUUGCUGUCUGGUGCUCGUGCAGACUCGCUAUUUAAACACUGUUUCACAUUUUACUGUUCCUGCUUUUUAGUCCUGUUGACAGUGCAGCAGUAAACACAAGGUGGACUGAAUAGAACGCCAUUUUGAUUCCUGAUUGUGCAGUACUUGUUCUGGUUUAUGUUCCGUUUGUGUCACUAGUCUCUACUGCUCCUUGCAACAUUCACCUUUUAAGUUUUUAACUGUGCAGUAUCCAGCUGUCAGAUACAUUGUCUGGUUAACAUUGCCGUUUCCUAACUUCUUACCUAGUGCAUACUAGUUGGCUUUAAUGUUUCUUUUGUUUUUGAUCAUUGGAUUUUUCUGAAGCAGAAUAUCAACAGUACUUAAUACCAGUCAGAUUGUAUAUUGAUGCACCACUUCAGUUUUCAAUUGUGGCAGCACCUAUGCUUUCUUUUUUUUUCCUAAUUAGUCUGCAUUAAUAAGCUGUUAAGGGUAGCAAUAACAAAAUACAUGUACUAUACAGUAUUGACAAAUUGUUAACAUAAAUAUUGUAACAUUUCAUUUCUAAAUGAGGAAGAUUUAAGCCAGGGUCCUUUUUAUAAGUAUUAGUGGCGCUUAGGAGUAUAUUAACUUUGAUGCUGAUAAUGAAUCUCAGCUUGCAACAUGUAAGCAAGGCAAAGAAAAUGGUCACUUCGUUCCUUGGUAUUCACUGAACUUCAGGACUAAUACAUUUUCCUACGUUUAACAUUUUUAAAUUUCUUAUCAAGGAAAAUGGGUCAUGCAAACAUCUGAAGGGAGAAAACAAAUUCACAGGUCCAAGACUUUGUAAAUCAUCACAUGCUUUCAAAUCUGCACAGUCAGCUAAUAGAUGUUGUUAAAUGCAAAUUGUCUGUCCUAUAUUUCAAAAUCUUUUAAGCAAUACAGAUUUCAGUUGAUGUUUGUAUGAUCACCUGGCCAGUAGUACAUGGUGUGGUGAGGUAUGCAGAUGACAGAAUUAGUUUUGACACCUUUUACUUUGAAAUGCCCCAUACAAGUAGCUUGCUGAUAAAUUCAGAGCAAUUUAGUGCUGGCCUUUGGAAGAACUGCAUGAAUGCUGAUAUUGUAGAGUGAAUGGUUUGUUUUAAUAACUAUCUUAUCAUGUGUAGAUCUUGUGUUUUAAGGAAUUUUUUCAGCAGUUGGUUUUUAUCUGCCAAAUGUUCAUAAUGUUUUUCAAGGUCAAUAUAUUUCUAGCCAAACAAGGGAAAAAAAGUGUCAUGAAAAAAAAAUUAUUGUAAAUCAAUCAUGAUGAAUAAAAGUUGACAAUGCAUGUUUUA